CAAGAAGAGAUUAAAGAUGAAAGGGCGGUAAUCAGUUUGAUAAACAUGAAGUUAAUGGAAACGUUGGCAUACUGGCCUUGUACGUAAAUGCCAGUUGUAAACAAACACACUCGCGUCAUAACUCUCAAACCCUGGCAAUGAAUUCUAUGGUUUGAAAGGAAGCUGAACAGCUGUUUGAAAAUGUAGUCAUUAAUUUAACAUUGCGUGAAUACAACAAAUUGUGGUUGAAAAUACAAAAUAUUUCUCAUAUAGGCAUGAACAGUAAUUAUUCCAUAGUCUAAGACGAAUAUAAUACUAUGAAGUUGGUGGUGUUAUUCUUGAUGACAUGAAGAUAUUGAUUUUUUAUAUUUGCGUAGGUUAACAUGCGUAUGAGCGUAGCCUGAGAAUUCAAAAUGCGGAAAGUUUUAAAAUUUGUUAAAGGGAAACGAGAUGAAAAGAAAGAGCAUGGUUCUUCAGGUAGGGCCCUUGGUCCCUUCUUUGAUCUUCCAAGCCCAACUGAUCAGUCAACACCUACUGAUGACCACAGCACUGGAUUUGAACAAAGCUUUGGUUAUAAUGUUGACAUCAGUGGAAAAGAUAAAAGUAUUACCAAACUUCACAAAGCUGCUUGGCAAGGAAAUUUGGAAAAGCUGAAAGUUAACAUGAAGAAGACUGAUAUGAAUGUUGUUGACAAGUUGAAUAGAACUCCUCUGCAUUUAGCAGCAGCACAAGGGUAUGCAAAUGUCGUGUGGUUUCUGUUGGGAAAGAAAGCAAACUUCAAUAUUUGUGACAACGAAGGGAAAACCCCAUUUUUGAAAGCAAUUGAAUGUGGACAUAAAGAAGUCAUACAACUCAUGCUGGAAAGAGGAGUAGACAUUAACACUAUUGACUACAGUGGCAAUUCUGGGCUACAUAUUGCAGCCAAACAGGGCUUCUAUGAAAUAGCUUCCAUGUUAUUAAAACAAGGAGCCAAUUUUGAAAGUUCCAAUAAUUUUGGAGAAUUUCCUCUUCAUAUUGCAACAGUUGCUGAACAUAAAGACUUAGUUGAGCUCCUGCUAAGAUAUGGUUCAUCUGUUAAUAUCGUUGACAGAGAUAAUCGAUCUCCACUCAUGUUUGCUGCUAAAUGUGGAAGCAUGGCCUUGGUUCACUUAUUUCUAGAGUAUGGAGCUCAGUGUGCGGUUAUGGAUUCAAAUGAUUUGACAGCUGAAGAUUAUGCACUGAAGGAAGGUCACCAUGAUAUAGCUGCCGAAUUGAAAUCCCCUUCAGACAGAAUGGUCAUGUCUUUCAAUGAAGAAAUUGUAGAAUCUGAAAAGUGUGAUACUGCCGUAACGCCUACCAGACGAUCGGUCUCGGAUGCAUCUCUCCUGUCCGAUCGGCAUGAAGGCGAGAGAGAGAAUAUAAAUGUGGCUGAUAAACAAAAUGAAGAAGCUGAUAAUAGUGAUACAUGGAAUGAUAGUCAACUGUCAGAUUCUAGUUUGAAACAGAAGGGCGCAGGUCUCAAGAUAUCAAAAUUUCUUCCACCUUCCUCUGAUGAUGAAAUUAGUGAAGAAAGCAUUCACAGUCCAAGAGUGCAGGAAGUGAAAGAUGAAGACGGCCAAGAUUCUCCUCGAUCUUGUGUUAUACCUCCUCCUUGUAAGCCACCUAGAAGCUGGGAUCUUAUCCAGUCUGGAGUCAUAGAUGACCCAAAGGUCCUGGAACCUCGUCGGCGUAGUCUCUUACCUCUGGGUUCUUUGAAGUCAAGGCGCGAAAGCUUCAAUGAGUCACCCACGGCUGCUGAAUCUCCAAGCUUUCACGGUGAUAGUCUUCAUAUAGGGCAAGGUGAUGCUGAUGCGCUGAUCAGCAUCAGGAAAAAUGAUGACAAACGAGAUUCACUGACUCACCAUCAUUUAAACGUAUCAUCAGAAUGUGAGGGAAACAAAGAUAGUCCUUCUACAAAGUACGAAGAUAUUCAAGUGAAGGAGAGCAGUACACGUCUUCACAAAAGAAAGGAAGAGGGUUCUGCUCUGAUGAGCGUGGGGGGAGAAGCUGUGUUGGACGACAUCAGAUCUAGCAAGGAAAGUCUGAAGGGAUCAAGCUCAAACAGUGACUGGGACAGUGAUGAUAGUUUGCCACUGGAUAAUUAUCCUGCUACAAAUGUAACAAUCAGUCCAGCAGAUACAAAUGAUUCUCCUUUGAAAGUUUUUAGAGUCAUUAAUCCAAGUGAGCUUGUAAUUCCUGAUACUACUGAUGACCCUACUGAUGGUUCCCCAUAUUCUUUGAAUGCUGAGAGGAGGAGUCGAUUUUUGACAAGAGCCCCCUCGAUUGACUUGACAGAUGAUGAUACAGAGACUGGAAAGAAUAAGGUUGGUCAGAGUCCUGAGGCUUCUGAAUUGGGAAGGCAUAGGUCAGACACCAGAGAUGACAAUGAAAUAGAUGUAAAUAGUUCAGUUUCAGGUACUCUCGGGAGAGACGGAACAUUAUUAGGUUAUGAAGAAGUAUGGGAAUCUAAUGCGCGUAUACCAAAAAGCAGUAUUACUUUGUCUGGUCCAUCUUGUGGUGCGGAUGAUACCUGUAUAACUAUUAAGGAAGAAUUGGAAGAAACAUUAGUGUGGAGUUCACCUCAGUUUGAUGGAAACAUUAAGGGAUUGACUUCUACAGAGCGUUCAAAAGAUGUACCUGAAAACUGGAACAGUGCUGAAGACACUCUUCUGUACCCUUCACCCCAAUUUGAUAAAGCCAGAGGUGUUGCUGUUUCAGAAAAUAAUGUUCACAUCAAAUACAUUCAAGAACAGACAUCCAUGUGUGAUGUUGAUAGAAUAAGCAACAGUUUGAAAUUAGAAUCUGAUUCUUUGGAUGCACUGGGACCUCAGAAAUGUGCUGCAGAUGGAAAGAUACCCCACACAAGAAAACAUGCCCGCCAGCAGUCAGUUUCAGUUCAGUCGUGGAGCAGAAGUGAUGAGAUCCAUGAAAAACCAGCAGCAGCACACGUUGACAGAAUGGUUGAGGAGAACCAACACAUAAGUGCACAACUUCGGUGUUAUGAUGAAGCACUGCGAGAUCUAGCUCAUGUCUCUGUAGUAAGGAAGCAGAGUUCACUUUCUCUUCCCCGUGCAAAGGAGACAUCAGGCUUGCCAAGAUCUCAGUCAGCAGGGUCUAGAAAUGACGGUUUCUUAUUGCCGUCAGCGAACGAUUUUGGCCCGAGAGAGAUGGCACAGUCGGCAAUUGUGAAAAAGCAGGGAUCUUUAUCCCUGCCUAGAACAACUGAGAUACCAGAUUUUGCUAUGGUUCAGUCAUUGGGACCCAGAAAGCAAGGGCACUCGUCCCUUCCAUGUGCAAAUGAAUUUGGUGUGAGGGAAAUGGCACAGACUGCCAUUGUAAAACGACAAGGCUCUUUGUCUUUGCCAAGAACAUGUGAGAUACCAGACUUCACUUCUGCAAAUGAAGAGUACCUGUCUCUUCCACGCUCAAACGAAUUGAUAGAUGAGGCAUUUAAAGAAAUAGGCCAGUCAUCUGUAACUAUGAAGAGGGGGUCGCGUUCCCUUCCUCGUUCAGUUGAUGCAAAAUUGAUAUCUUUUUACGCAGAUCCUGUUGCUCCUCCAAGACAUAAAAAAUCUUCUCACAGAAGGAGACGAGCCGAGAGCGAAGGAGAAGGAUCCGACAGGAGCAUGAGGGACGCUGUUUCCAAGUCACUUUCAUUUGAUGUAAAGACACAAUUAUUUAAUGGAACAGAACAAACUGCUCCCAUUUUAAAACCAUCUCUGGAAAGUGAAGUGAUGGAAGCAAGUGUACCUAGUCCAAAUGCAUAUGAAAAACCUUGUUCAGAAAGCACAUCUGGUGAUGUUACCAUAAAAGAAAUAGGUUUGGAAAAGCCAAUUAGAAAGAAAAGAAAGAUGCUUUUGGAAAUGAGAGGCUUCUUAGGUCCAGAUCUAAAAAAUGUAAGUGGUGGUACUGUAAGUGAGUUAUCAGUGGAGGAUUCCUUUGAAGAGCACCCAUUUUGGAUGAGUACAGACAAAGGCGGGCCAUUGGGACGACAGGAGACUGUUAUUGAGCGAUCAGGUUUCUCUGUCAAGGGAGAAAGCUCCGCAACUUUGAGUCCGGCUAAGUUGGACAUGUUGGAAUGUGAGAAGAAACAAGAAUCAGAUCAGACACCAGUCAGAGAACUUACUGAGAUUCUCAACAGUACACAGCCAUCUGAUUCUUCAUCUGCAGAUGUUCCUCUUCUUGAAGAAACUUCAAGUUUCCAUGAAACAGAUGAGAACCUACCGCCAGAAGGUCUUCAGAAAGGGAGUCCAGAGAACCAAAGGAACUCACAAAGUGAUGAUAUAGAAAGUGAACCUUCACACAGUGAUAACACUCCUCAGCAUAUCUACUUAUUGAAGGGGAAUCACAAUUUGCUAAAGCAACACCUUCAAAAGGCAACAGCAGAGAAGGGAUUGUGGGAAGAAACUGCGGCAGAAUUGGGAGAGAGAGCCGAGAAGCUGAAGUACGACCUGGCAGAAGCCUGUGAAGCUACUCGUAGCCGUGAUGAGGUAAUAGCGUUGCUUGAGGACCAGCUGAGCAAUGUGGAGACUAUGUAUACAAAGUCCCGAGAAGAAUCACAGAGGUACAAAUUGCGUUUGGGUAAUUUGGAGCAGGAAUUGAAACACCUCAAAGAAGUGUGUGGCAAGCUGGAGGAUGAGAAGUCUCACUUAACUGAAAUAAUUAGACUGAAAGAAAUGGAAAUAAUAACUCUCAGUAAAUCAUUGGCAGCAAAGGAUGAAAAGAUAAGGUUACAAGGUAUGGUUGGUGAUAAGGAGAAGGAAGAAGAAAAACAAAAGUUGGAGAUCCACAUUAAUUGUUUAGAAAUAGAGAAGAGCACGUUACAAGAAGAAGUCUGUAGACUGCACACAAGGAAUGAAGACCUUAGGCAGAAACUGCAUGAAGUUGUCACUAGAAAUCAACUUCUUAGUGAUGAAAAUGUUGCCAUGUGUAUAAGAAAAUCUCUCGAUGUAAACACAUUACAAGAGCAUUCAGAGAAAUGGACACAGUUAUAUGAAGCAUGUCUGGAGAAACUUCAGUUAAUAAGUUCAUGCAUACCCUCCACUGAAGGUGAACCCAGUCUUCCUGAAACAGGAGACUUCAGAGGUGAAGUGCAGCAAAUCAUUCAGAGACUCGAGGAAACGAAACAAGAAGGUUAUGUUAUUUGGAAAAAUAAAAUCCAGGAAGAAAUUAUGAACAGUGUUUGUUUUCUGAAAGCUGAGUAUUCAAGAAUUGGAUCUUCACUGUUGAAAGAUAAUGAAAAACUUGAGCUCGUUACAAAUAGGCUACUAGAGAGCUUCUCAAAACAUGGCCUUCAUGAUGAACACGACAAGGAGACCUGUGCCACAUACACAGCAGUGAAUCUGGUGGAAGAAUUGGCAUUGCUUUAUACUCAAUUCAGGGAAAAGUAUAUGGAAAUUGAAACAGAGCUUUAUCUUCGACUGGGAGAUUUAGAGAGGAAGUUGGAGGCAGUGAAUACCAGUCUAGAUACAGGCAGAGCAAAGGAACUGUGGAAAGAAAACAUGUUGCCAACAGAACAGAGCUCAAAAGUAUUAUGGUGUGAGUUGAAGGAUGAAAAUGCUACGUUGCAAAGAGAAACAGAUUUACUCGAGGAACACGUCAAAGACGUGGAACAUGUGGUAAAUAAAGAAAGUAUCAGAGAAGCUGACACAGGGACUAUGGAGCCAUCUGGCGAAUUGUUUAUGGAAAAUUUAAAAUUAAAACAGUAUGUAAUUUUACCUGCAGAUGACAUAAAAGAAAGCAGUGUGAUGGAACAAGGAACAAUGACCGAACCCGUAGAAUAUGAACUCCCAGAACAAUAUAAGGACUUGCUGAAUAAAUUGAGAAUUGAAAAUGUAAAGUUACAAGAUCAAAUUCACUUAUUUGAAGUUCAUUUAAAAGCGAAGGAGGCUGUGGAAGACACGGACGUUAUGACUGAUUCACAGAAGUUGGAAGAGGAACAGAAAUAUAAGGAUGAGAACACUAAACUUGAAGCAGGCAUGCUGUUUCUUCAGAAUAAUAUUACUCAACACAGUAAAGAUUUUGGGAGAGAUGACGGUGGUGCUUCCCGGUACAUUUCAGAUCCGUGUACAGCAGUGUCGGGCACUUGUAGCCCAAGUAGAAUGUUGUUAGAUGAGGAUCAAAGUCUACAAGAGGCUACUGAUGAUAAGCUAACAGACCAAAGAAUAGUGGCUGUAGAAAACCUGUUAGCAGAAAAUGGAGAUUUAAGGAGACAGUUAGAAUCUGUUAGACUUGAACUGGAGGAGUUUAAUACCAGAACAAUGAUUCAUGAUGUACGGCCUCUGAAAACAGGAAUUAAUAAUGUUCAGACAAUGACGGAUCCAGAUGUUGAGUUGGUACACGUAUCUAUGGAGAACGUUGCUUUGCAAGCCCAGUUACAGCAGGUGUCAAAAGAAUGUAAAAAGAAAGGAGUUGAAUUGGAAAGAAUGUCAGUACUGAUAAAGGAGUCGAGGGAAGCUUCUGGUUUACAGCUAAAAGAGGCUCUGGAUACUCACGCACAUGAAAAUACUUUACUAAUGAAAGAGUUGGAAGAGAUGAAGAGACAGAUUGAACAUCAACAGCACGCGACUAAAGAGAGUCAGCUAUUUAAAAUCACUGAGAUUUGCAAUCUGUUGGAUCAUCUGAGGAAAGAAAAUAUUGUGCUGAAGGCACAGUUAACUGAGAAGGAAGAUAAAGAGAAAGGUGAAUAUGACUGCCAUAAUCUCCAUCAAAACCAAGAAGUUUCAAAAGAUCAUUCAGUAGGUAACAUUGAUGAUAGGGUAGCAUCAAAUGUGAAUCUUGACUCAUUAGCCCAUUUUCUGUCCGUGGGCUGCUCAGUCUCAUUAGAAGAAGCAAAACAAAGGAGAACUGUAGGCAUGAAGGCAAGUAACAUUGAGGUUAUGGAUACAGGCAUACACUCACAGUCUGGUAAUGUGUUCACUUUCUCUAAUGUCGCUGCAGCAAAUCAAGAUGAACCUGCGUCCUCAGUUAGAACAAAUGACAGACAUGAAAGUGAAUUAAGUUUUAGUGAUAUUUCUGCAAUGACCAGAGUGAAACAACACUCUCCAAAUGCUGAACAAAAAUGCCAAAUUCCAAUAAAUGCUAACAGGAAGGAACAAGAAUUACAGAAUAUUGAUUCAACAAAAUCACAAAUUGGAAAGCACUUUGGACCUUUGGUACAUUGUAGAUGUAUAGGGAGUGAUAAGGAUGAGACUGGAUGCUGUAUGUUAAAGAAUUCUCAAGAUGCCAGUUUGUUCUGUAAUGGGAAAAUGGCUUCAGGAGAUGUGCCAUCAGACUUUCUUACAGAACAAGCAGAAGGAGACUGUGUCACAAUGUUGCCUGUUACAUCAGCCGAGGGUUCUGAUGUAACUGUGAAACAUCAGCGGAUGUAUAAAGAUAACAACAGCUCCAGUUCUGAAAUAUUCUUGAACUUAAAGCAGUGCCAGACCCAAAUGUCAUGUUGUCUGUCAAGUGAAAGUACAAAUUCAGACCUGGGGUCAAUAAAUCAAGAGCGAGCCAACAAAGCAAAGUUUCGACCAUGCAGGGACGCAGCGACGAAUACGACGCCAUCAAUACAAAAUCUUGAACUCCAAAGGGAGCUGCAGUUAGAAAAGGAUAGAUGUAGAAAAUAUCAGCAAAACAUAAGAAAGCUGAAAUCUGAUAUACAGUUGCUAAAAAACAAACUUGGGGAAAGUAGAAAGCAGGGAAAAAUAGAGCCAAACUCGGCCUUGAAACAAAAUAACACUAAUAACAAUUCAUUAAUGACUGAUUUGCAAAGUCCUACACAUUUUGAUUCAAAUAUGGCUGAAUUUCAGAGACAGGUGGCUGAUCUGGAACAGAAAGUUCAAGAAGAAAAUGCAAUGAGAUUUUCUCUAGAAGUUCAAGUCAAUAAAAUGAGAUAUGAACUCGAGGAGAAGUUACAGCUGGAGAAAGAGCUCGGUAUCCUCCGCAGUCGCCUCGAGAAAGAUUUUGUGUCACGUUACGAGCUGGAGCAAUUGAGGAACAGUUAUGAACUGGCCUUGAGUCAUGCAAAACAUGAGGCAGAGAUGUCAGCACAUGAUGAUCUCAAUGAAAAGUUGGGCCAAAUAAAUACAUUCAUAGAAAAACAGGUUCAAGAACAAACACGUCUUAGUCAGCUACGGAACACGACUGAAUCCCAGAUGAAACAAGAAUUCCAGGAGACACGACUCAAACUUCUGUCGGAGUUGGCCAAAGUUCAGGCCUCUCUACAAGCCAAAGGGGAAGAAGAAAAAGAACUGAGGGAGAAGUGUGAAAAGUUAACACGAGAAUGCGAGAAGAAACAUGAAGUUAGGAGGAAAAAGCUUAUAGAGAAAACAUACAAUGUAAACCUCGCUCCAUAUUCUAGUCUGAAAGAGAAGGAGCUAAGUGCUAAAACUUAUGUGCUGGACAUGAAAUCGCCCAUGCAAAAGUCAAGUCCAGUACAACCCAGCAGCCCAGCAACUGCAGUAACAACCCACGUAGCCGACGCCUGGCAAACUGAGCAUCCGUUCAGCCAUAUCUUGCGCCGGGAACUAGAGAGGAGCAUCCGUAAACAUUCACACACUGAUUCUCUUACAGAACAUCCAUCUGGGAGCUCUCCUCAGACUGCAUCUGAAGAGCAUUUGGAACUCCUGAAGAAGAAAUAUUUUCUCCACUAAUCGCACUCCACUCGACAAGUUCGACUAAUGUUACUAUUUAAAAUCCCUUCAACUUUUUACUUUAUGAUGUUAAACAUAUUGAUGUAAAUUUAUCAAGGCAGUUUUCUGUAGGUUAAUAGAUGUCUUCCAGGUUACCGCUUCCCAUUGUCAUAAAUUAAUUCCAUCUCUGUAGAAAGAAAUAACAUGUCAAGUCUUUUUCUGGCCAAUAUUUUACCAUUUUGGCAUGAUUAAAUUUAGAAAACUUUCUUCUGCCUUUCAUAAAAUAAUUAUACUAAAUAACUUGUCUAGUCAUGUAUAGUGUUCGCAGUAGUGUUUGGCUGGUGGAAUUUUCAAGGGGACAGCUAGGAGCAAGUCACUUGUAAGAUAGUACAAUGUUUCAUCUGCCUCCAGGAAGGAUGAGGAGCUUAUCGAACUGAAAGUCCAAACAAAAGAAAAACACUGACCGUGGCAUCUCAGGUACACAGAGUAGGCCCAUCCGCCAGCUCCGCUAGCUUCUCCACCAGCCAAAAACUACUGCACUGACUAUAGCAGUUACUAAAUUUAUCCCUUACAAAAUUGUAUCAACCAACAGAGACAGCAGAUUGAAUAAGAUGUGCUACAAUGCACGUAAUAUUUCAGUGAAAUGUCUAGUCCAUCGAAGGCAUAUAUGCUUCAUUUUAACUUCAUUCACAGUUGUGAAAUAUUGGUAAGUACAAAAAUGAAUGAUCUCAUUAUAUUAUAAUUGUAUUUAUUAUGUUGCUGUUAAUCUAUACAUAGAUGUAUGUAUAUACAUUUCUUUCUGAAACUGAAAUAUAUUUCAGUGAUAAUGUCUGUUGAUUGUAUGUAAGAAUAUAAUAUAUAGUCUUCCUCAUGAGAAA